CUUGAAAAACAAUGUAUAUAUUGUGUGGAUUUCUUUUAUCCUGCUCACCUUCUCUGUAAAUACCUUUUUUCUUCUUUUGCUUCAAUAGGGGGGAUCUCUUUUCUCUGAAUUCUCUGUGAGAUUGUCGAAACCCGGCGAGGUUGGGGUUUCGAUCGCUGCUCGUUGCUUGCUGCUUCUUUAUAAUCGAAUCGAAUUAUUCAUUUUGAUUGCAUCUUUAGGGUUUCAAAAUUCUGAAUAUAAGCGUUGGAGAUCAGGCCCUAUCAAUCUGGUUGGAUGACACUGCGACUACAAUUGCACUAUGGCUUCAAGUAUGUUGACUGGAGACCGAAGGUGGGGUUCUGCACGAAGAGGGGGCAUGACUGUUUUGGGGAAAGUUACUGUCCCAAAGCCUGUUAAUCUACCCAGUCAAAGGUUGGAGAACCAUGGUCUUGACCCAAAUGUCGAAAUAGUUCCAAAGGGCACACUAAGCUGGGGCAACUGUUCUUCUUCUUCUGCACCAAAUACAUUGGGUUCUUUGGCAUUGUCACCUCGUAGUUCUGAUGGAGUUGCUGGUUCACCAAGUUGGUUUAAUGGUCGCCCUUCAUCUGGUGGAAAUAGCACUCGGCCAUCUACAGCUGGUAGUGAUAGAUCACAUGAACCUGCGCCUAAUGCUUGGGGUCCAAAUUCUAGACCAUCGUCAUCAUCUGGGGCAUUGGCAUCAAAUCAGACAUCGAUGGCGACAACGCGUCCUCGUAGUGCUGAAACAAGACCUGGUAGCGGUCAGCUAUCUCGGUUUGCUGAGCCCAGUUCUGAAAAUUCUGUUGCAUGGGGUGCAAUGGGGACUGCAGAAAAAUUGGGGGCUGCAUCCUCCAAGGUUAACAGGUUCACUCUGAGCUCUGGUGAUUUUCCAACUCUUGGUUCUGAAAAGAACAGCGAGUGUCCUGGACAAAAAGGUCACGGUUCGCAGGGGCGCCCUGUCUCUCCCGGUUCUGGUAGAGUUUCAACCCUGAAAGAGAGUUCGGAAACUUCUGCUGACCAUGAGCCAGUUGAUGUCAAUGCAGAGGGGGAAACUGCAAAUACUUGGACGGGUGAUAAGUCCUUAUUUGUUGGAGAUGGGGCCCCACCUAGCAUAGAGAAGUGGCAGAGGGAACCUCAAUCAUUUCCUAAUACUACUAUGCCACAUCAGCAUCUUGACCCUUGGCAUGGUACACCUGUACGACACUCUUCUGAGGGAGUCUGGUAUAGAGGACCUCCAGGUGGUCCACCAUAUGGAACUCCUGGUCCUCCUGGUAGCUAUCCCCUUGAACCAUUUAAUUAUUAUCAUCCACAAGUUGCACCUAGACAUUUAGCCAAUUCACAGCCGGUUCCACGACCUGGAGCUGGCCCAAGCAAUUAUCAUGCAAAAAAUGGAGACUCAUACCGGCCCCAAAUUCCUGAAUCUUACAUGCGUCCUAUGAUGCCUAUGAGGCCUGGUGUUUACCCCGGAACGGUGCCUUACGAGGGCUAUUAUGGUCCCCCACUCAUGGCUAUGUGCAAUCCCAGUGAUCGAGAUGCUCCUGUCUUGGGAAUGGCAGCUGGUCCUUGUGUUUAUAACAGAUUCCCAAACCAGAACCUCCAUCAGGACUCAGGUAAUUUCCAUGCCAGGCCUGGUGGAUAUGGUUCUGCCCACAAUGCUAUGAUGAAUGAACAGGUGGAACGUUCUCAUUCUCAUGGUACCCAACGGGGUCCGUACAAGGUUCUUUUGAAGCAACAGGGUGGUUGGGAAGAAAAGGAUGGAGAAGAGAAGAGGGGGCAUGCCAUACCAACCAAUGCACCACUUGGAGGAGGGCAGCAACCAAGAGCUUCUGUGGAGAAUGAUUGGGUAACAGAUUACAGAAAGGACGAAGCUUUGGAUUUGCUGAAAACAGUUUCUGGUGAAGAAGCUUCUUCACGACCCAGAGAUAAGGAGGAAGUUUCUUCUGUUCCUGUUGGCAUGAAUGUUCCUGGAAUUAUGAGCAAUACCAAGGCAGUUAAUGACAGUUUGGUAAAGAAAGAAGAAUCUGCACCUAUUUCAAGAGGUCCACAACAAUUCCCUGCUACAAAAAUAAAUCCCUCUCUGAUAGACAAAAUAGAGGGCUUAAAUACUAAAGCUCGGAUUUCUGAAGGCCGGUAUGAUGGCGGCUCUAUUUCUAGUAGAGAUGAGAAAAUGAAAAGGUCAAGGGUUGUGAGUGGUAAUGAUGACCAUUCCAUAAAUGGAGCUGUUUCUGGUUCUGCCUCUGCUGAAAAACCUUGUACCGGAAAGCCAAUUUCAUCAUCUCAAGAAUGUGGUACUUUCAUGAGAGAUAGGACCCUUGAACAGAAAACUUCCAGUAGUACAGCUGUUGCCUUUGUAGUCGGUGAAUCUCAAGUUUCAGCUGGCAAUGUAUUGAAUGCUCCUGAAGUUGGAGAAAAGAAUCAUGGUCAGAUUCACAGGAGGGUGCAUGUUGUUGAAAGUAGGCUGGACAACCAAGGUAAGGGAAGGUUUACUACUCAGGAGGGUGGGGAAUGGAAAAGCAAAACUGUUGUCACGAAAUCUUCGACUGUUAUUCCUGGUGCAAAUACUGAUGAGAUCUCUGAUGUUAAUGUGCAAGUCCUCGGUGCUCAUCAAGAAGCUCCUGAAAAGUCUGACUCAAACAUUCGUGGAAGGACGGGGGGAGAAUAUGAAACAUCCUCUUUCGAUCCAAACAAUUAUAAUGAACAGCGUGCUAAGAUGAAAGAGAUAGCAACCCAACGUGUAAAGCAGCUUCAGAAGGAAGAGGAAGAGGAAGAACAGACAAGAGAGCAGAAAGCCAAGGCACUUGCAAAAUUGGAAGAGUUGAACACGGGGGGAGAAUAUGAAACAUCCUCUUUCGAUCCAGACAAUUAUAAUGAACAGCGUGCUAAGAUGAAAGAGAUAGCAACCCAACGUGUAAAGCAGCUUCAGAAGGAAGAGGAAGAACGGACAAGAGAGCAGAAAGCCAAGGCACUUGCAAAAUUGGAAGAGUUGAACAGGCGGACACAAGCAGAGAGUUCAACACAGAAGUUAGAUUACUCUGUGCCACUGAGUUGCUCUACCCAGCAUAAGCUAGAAGGAUCCUUGUCUCAUGUAGAUACAUCCAGUUCCAGAGAAGCACCAGGAUCCUCACUUGGUGGGAAUUCCAAUGCAGUUUCUCAGGACAGUGAUAGGCUUAUUAGGGAGUCAAGCAACUUCUCCAAGAAUGUACCUUUGGAGGUUUCAGAAUGUGCACCCCAGAGCUCCAUUGAGUUACAGAACUUGUCUGUGCCAUUGCAACAGGAUGUUAAUGGUUUGGAUGCUGUUAAUCCUAAACCUGUUCUACCCUCACAAGUUCAGGAGAACAUUUCUAGCAGGCAGAAACAAAUGGACCAUGGGAAAAAGUUGAAUAUUCCUUCAGACAAAAAUUUAAAUGAAAGGCCAACUCCCACUGGAAGCACUGGGGCCUCAAGAAGUACUUUUAAUGUGGUUCCAGAUGUAAGUGCCUCAAAUGAUGAUUCUGGCACACCUAACGAUAGUACUGUUGAUGAUCCCUUGCCAUCACGGAAGAGAAAAACAAACAGGAAUGGGAAGAGCAAGCGCAAGCUGGAGGAAUCUUUACCUGGUGCUCUACCCUUGUCGAUGCCCACUGAAAAAAAUCCUGUAAAGGUUCAUGUUGACACUGCUAAAGCAAAGGCCUCUGAAGCUGUGUUAGAAGUAUCCUCAGUUCAUGUCAUGACUUCAAGGGAGUCUGCGGAGGUUCAAGAUUCUCAGUGUGUUCCAUAUGCAGACCAAGGUUGGUCCUUGUCAGCUGAAGAAGCCCACGGUAGAGCAAACAACCAAUGGAGGCCUCAAUCUCGCCGGAUGCCAAGAAGCCAACAAGCUCCUAAAUCAGCAGAUAAAUUUCAUGGUGGUGAGGCUGUUGUCUGGGCUCCUGUCCGGUCACAGAACAAGAAUGAGGCUUCAGAAGCAGCCAGCCACAGCAGAACUUCUGAGGCUAAUGGUUCCUUUACAAAGACUGGGCAGGGUAUGCAGAGCAAUAUUAUAAAAGGCAAGAGGGCUGAAAUGGAGAGAUAUGUCCCAAAGCCUGCGGCUAAAGAAAUGUUGCAGCAGUGUAGUACUGAACGAGCAUUGUCUCCCAUAAUUAAUCAAUCCGUCCCUGACGAGGCACCACAGAGAGUAGAACCUGGUUCUCAGAGUACUGGAGGUGGAUGUCCUGAUGGCUUGGCUACUGGGAAGUCAGGGACUGUCAUUGAGCAUAAGAAUGGGGGGAGCAAGCAUAAUAAGCAUGGUAAAGCUCAUGGAUCGUGGCGCCAAUGUGGUUUUACUGAACCACCUCCGCUGCAAGGCUUGCAGGAAGGAUCAUCUCUCUCUUCAGGUACUGGCAAGAAUGCUUAUAAACCCAUUGAGAAACACCAACCCCAGGAGUCUGAGGCAUCCUCACCAAAAGGGCCAGGAAAAUAUUCUGACAACUGGACUUCUAAUAAUUCCGUCUCAACUGAUCCAGCUUCAACUGAUGUGAAGGAUCACAGUGUAAUGGGGAGAGGGAAACGACAUCCACUUAAGGGGCAGAAAGGCGCAGGGCACAAUCGCAAUGUUGUUGAUCACAAAGAUUUACAUGGUGGGGGCACUGAUAAGAUUGAUACUCAAACUUCUUCCCUUGAGGCGAGCCAGCCAGAGGGAAGAGUUGUGCUGAGAGAAAGCCUUGCUGGAGAACACUCAAUGUCCCAGUGGCAACCAAAAUCUCAGCCGCAUUUUGUUCAUAACCGGCAAGGCAACAGGGGCAACGGCAGUCAAAAGGUUGCAGUUCAUGUUAGUAGGACUUCUGGAAAAGAGUGUACUCAGCAUGCUGAUGGCUGUGCAUCACAAAACGACAAGGAUCAUGGAGCUUUCCCAGACGAGCCUCAGCCUUAUCAGUUAGAGUCUUCAAAGACCGUCUGUGAAAGAUCCACCAUACGCAGUCGUGAGGCUAAGAAAGAAAGGAAGGGUGUAGUUUCAUUCAAACAGUGUGGACCAAACCAAGAUCCUGUUAACCAGCGAGAAGUAAGUCCUGCAAAUGUGGAUACCCAAAAUGACCAACAGUUUUCUUCUGGAUCACACAGGCAUGGGAACCACAAUGGUCGUUUCAGCAGGGCGCAGGAAUCUCCUCCUGCUCCUCGCAACCCAUCAGGGCAAGAUAGCAGCAAGCCACAUCGUGUGACUAAAAAUGGUGACAGGAGGCAUAAUUUGCAUUAUGAGUACCAACCAGUUGGGUCACACAACUAUAAACAGGACGACCUCUCUGGAAGGGCAGCCGAUGGUUCACGUGUCAUGGGUUCAAGAUACCGUGAGAGGGGUCAGAAUCACUCAAGGCAUGGGGCAAACUUUUCUGCCCAGAGCAGCGGCUCUGUUCGAGUUGCUGCUGGUUAUGGUAAUGGAGAGUGAAUAACAUUUCAUGUUUUCUUGUUUAAAGCCAUUUCCUCCUUCAGCUAGGUAGGUUAGUUGCUUGAUCAUGAAAGCCGCGCAGGUAUAUCCAUUGCUACAUGAUCAGUUGGGAGUAUGUUAAUUGUAAGUUUUUGACUCUUCCAUUCUAGUGUACAUGUCUGUUGAGCAUGAUUCAGGGUCAGGAGUAAAUUGGUGAGGCAUAGGUGAAAGCUGGUGAGGGUAGCCGAUGUGGUUGGAUCUUUUAUUUUUAAGAUGUAUUUCAUUUUGAACUUCUUUAAUCGUGAUGUUCAGUUUACUAUGAAAAAACUCUGGCUCUCAAAGGUGCGUCUGGAGCCGUAUUGAUGAA